CAUUUUCAUUCUGCCCAAAGUAACAGAAUACUAGUGAUUCUAAUUUCUAUAAAACCAACGGAUCGUCUCUUUUGCUGUAGCAAAACCCCAAACCUCGGAAGACUCGGGUCUUAUCAAUCAGGCAUCCCAAACCUACGAUCCGUUGGUUGAAAGCAUGAUCUGCUGUGCUCUCAGACGAGCGUUUGUAAUCGGAAAUGGUUUCGCAGGCGCAGAGAAUCAGUGCUUUGGUCUGGUGCGUGCCUUAGGCCUGUCCCAUCGACAAACGCUAUACCGAGUUUCCAGGCCAAGAGGAGGAAUCAAUGAGUGGCUUCAUUUUUUGCCGGUUCCUCUCCACAAAAAAUUAGACCAUCUCAUAAAGCGGAUUUAUGGAGAUUCGCCAUUCAAAUUUGCUGCCAAAGGGUUAUGCAAUAAUUUAGAAGCUGAUGCAAAGCAAAUAGCAAGAGUGGCUCGGGAAACAUUUGAGAAGGAUGGCCCAUUAUUGGUGGUUGCAUCUGGCCGGGAUACUAUUUCUGUUGCAAGUUCCAUAAAGCGGUUAGCUCCAGAAAAUGUUUUUGUUGUUCAGAUACAGCAUCCCCGAUCGCAUCUAAAUAGGUUCGAUCUUGUGAUUACUCCUCGUCAUGAUUAUUAUCCAUUGACUCCUCAAGCACAGGAAAAGCUUCCUUGGUUUUUUCAUAGGUGGGUAACUUCUCGUGAACCUCCUGACAGGCAUGUGGUUCUCACUGUGGGAGCUCUUCAUCGGGCUGAUUCUACUGCACUAUGGAUUGCGGCUUCUGCCUGGCAUGAUGAAUUGGCACCACUGCCAAAGCCUUUACUUGUGGUUAACAUUGGAGGGCCUACACGGCAUUGUCAAUAUGGUACAGAUCUUGCAAAGCAGUUAACUGCCUUACUGCAGAAUGUUCUCUGGAGUUGUGGAAGCCUGAGAAUGUCCUUCUCUAGAAGAACACCACAGAAGGUUUCUGACAUCCUAGUGGGGGAAUUUAGCAAUCAUCCUAAGGUUUACAUUUGGGAUGGCAAAGAUCCAAAUCCGCACUUGGGGCAUUUAGCUUGGGCAGAUGCUUUUGUCAUAACAGCUGAUUCAGUUAGUAUGUUGAGUGAAGCUUGCAGUACUGGGAAACCUGUUUAUGUGAUUGGAGCUGAGCGAUGUACAUGGAAGUUUGCAGACUUUCACAAGUCUCUACGAGAACGAGGUGCAGUUCGUUCAUUCACUGGGAAAGAAAAUGUAUCUGAAAUAUGGGGCUAUACUCCUUUGAGUGACACCGUAGAGGCAGCUGGUCGUGUGAUUGAAGCACUUGCCGAGCGUGGAUGGAGACUGCAGCAGUAAUGCGUUUUCAGUUGUUGGGUGGGUGAGCGGAGUUCAGUCAGGAUGGUGCUUGGAAUAGCUCUCUUCAGAUUUUUGAAGUCUGUAUGCUGCUUGAAAGUGCUUCAUCCGCUUGGAUUUAAUUUCUUGGUAAUUGGGUCUUCGAAUUGCUUCAUGUGGCUCAGUUUAAAUUCUUAUGGCAUCGAAUUGUUUGAUUAAAUCAUCAGAUCAUAUUGUUCUCAAUUCAAUUUGAGUCCAGAGGCGAAAUGGGUCACUUGAGGACCUUGAGGUACAUCAGACAUUAAACCAUUAUAAUAUGGAUGAAGGCAAGAUUUGAUAGACUUCAACAGAGAAGCAAACUGGCAGCUUCAGUUUCGACUCUUGAGUGAUGGCAGUUAAACAGAUUUCUUGGCUUACUCUGAAGAUCUUUUUCGUACUGUUACCAAAUUGAUUUCCAUUCAACUUCAAUUGUUUUCUAUUUGGGUUUUGGACGUGUUUAGGAUCCAGAAUGAAAGAGCUGUAGAGCAGCCUGUCAUGUAAGAGAUGAGUUAUUGUAUGUUAAUAGAUAUCAUAUAUAUAUAUCUCCAUUCUUAUAAGGAAAGAAUUCGAGCAGGAUUUAUUCUUUCGUGUUCAUUA